UGCAGGUACAUGUGUGCAAUCGAAGCUAGUUCGCAUUCGACAACGCCAUUAGCAUUCUCCGCGAUGGGAAAUCAAUAAAGUGCAGUUGGUGAGCUUUUGGUACGCUGCGACGGGUGCCGGGGGAUAUUACCGGUCUACGUCAUCCGAUAUCGCAGUAGGGCUGAGCUUGCUGGUCCUCCGAAAGCGUUCAAAACUUCAAAAUUGCCCAUUGACCAAUCUGCAUAUUGGCUCGCGCUUCAGCACACGACACCGUAACUCACUGCAAAUAACACAACCAUGUCAGACUUUCCUCCUUCACCCGUCGAUACCAUUGACUGGAGCAAUGUGGGCUUCAAGAUCCGAGAAGUCGCUGGCCAUGUUGAAUCACACUACUCUGUUGAGACCGGCAAAUGGACCCCCCCAGUCUUUGUCGAGGAUCCAUUCCUGCGCAUCCACGGCAUGGCACCCGGUCUGAAUUACGGGAUGCAGUGCUACGAGGGUAUGAAGGCCUUCCGAGCACCAAAUAACACCAUAAACAUCUUCAGGCCCAACAAGAAUGCCGAAAGGAUGCAACACUCGGCCUCUUUUAUUUCCAUCCCAGAGGUACCGACAGACCACUUCCUCGCCUGCUGCAGUAUGGCUGUAGGAAUGAACGCGGCAUACGUGCCACCUCAUGAGACCGGGGCGGCCAUGUACAUCCGACCACUGCUCUUCGGUAGCUCAGCGCAGCUUGGCCUGAACCCGCCACAGGAGUACACAUUCGUAGUCUACUGUAUUCCAACAGGUGUCUACCAUGGAUCAAACCCGGUAGAUGCCGUCAUCCUUGAGGACUUUGACCGCGCCGCGCCGGAGGGAACUGGAUCAGCAAAGGUCGGAGGCAACUACGCUCCAGUAUUGCGGCAUAGCGAGAAGGCGUACAAGGCAGGCUACGGCAUUACCCUGCACCUUGACAGCAAGACCAGAAGCGUCGUUGACGAGUUCUCAACGUCCGCAUUCAUUGGAGUGAAGAAGGAUGGCGACAAGGUCAAGCUUGUUGCAUCUAACAGCAAAAACGUCAUCCAGAGUGUGACUGGAGACAGCGUCCUCAGGAUUGCGGAAUCAUUUGGCUGGGAAGCCGAGUCCCGAGAGAUCGCGUAUGAAGAACUCAAGUCCUUCGACGAAGUCCUUGCUGCAGGAACCGCGGCGGCUCUUGUUCCCAUCAAAUCUAUCACUCUACCAUCGAAGGAUGACAAGUUCACGUAUGCAGAGGCACAGCAAGAACCAGGCCCAGUAUGCAAGAAGCUUCUUACGACACUGAAAGGUAUCCAGCAAGGAAAGAUUGAAGACAAGCAGAGCUGGCUUUUCAAGGUGGAGAGGCCUGAGCAGUUUGGAAAACAAGAACAGGCAAACGGGGCCAAGAUUGUCGGACAACUGCCUUGAGAGGAUGGGUCGAGUGCGCUUUCCGGUCUUCACGCAUGCAGAAAUGACUAUAGAUGACCAAGGCAAGGACAAACUUGUCAAGGUUGUAAACGCAGGCCUGUACAGAAAAGACUGAUGAAUAAUGCAAUGCAAAAAGAAAACACUGCUUCAACUAUAUGGCCGGAUUUGCUUUGUCCUAUACUUAGACUUGACUGUUACAACCCAGACAU